CAAAUUAAAACCCUAAACCGCAACCCUCAUCCCUCCUAUGUCUACCUUUACAGUUUCUCUGCACCGGAGACACUGCUGAGGCCACCGAUCGUUGUGCCUCUGUCGCCGCCACGCCGUUCUUCAUACCUCCGUCGCCGCUCUUCUCUCUCGUCGGGCAUUGCCUUUCCUAGCUACUCCCGUCUCGUGUAGGUUUCCUUUUUUCUCUUCAACGGUUGAUUCAUAAAAGAGAAUGGCUGAAGUAAUGCAAUUGCGAGAGUCUGGAGGACUUUUAAGAAAGAGGAAGCUUGGUAAAAAACAAGGACAUAAGAAAAAGCCAAAAUUGAUGCCACCACCACAUGGGCAGAAGAAAGUUAAAGUAGACAAGAAAAUGAAGAAACUCUUCCGCAAGCGUGCACGCGAGUAUAAUUCUGAUGAUGAUGAUGAAGAUGAAGAAGAAAAUGAGGCCAGUGUACCUACUAUCACCAACAAACACAAUGGGGACGAGAUAGAUAGUGAAGAGCCAUCUGAAGACGAGGGCAAAACAGAAGGAGGACGAAAAGGGUGGAAUAAGAAUGCAACUGAUGAGGAUAAUGAAUUUUCUGAGGAUGAAGGAGGAGAAGACGAUGGUGUAGUUCAGCCAGGAAUUAUGAAAUUCACCGAGGGGGUUAGGGCAUUUAAGAUGGCUUUCAGGAAUAUUAUAAAUAAGAGUGUUUCCGAGGACUUGUUGGGUCCAAUAUUAUCUGGGCACAAGAAGCUUAUUGCCGACAAGCUUGCAGAGGAAGAAGCAGAGAGAGAGACCAAGGGGGAGGCAAAAAAGGAAAAGCAGAAGUUAGCAGAAAAGGGGCAUGUCACACCUGCUAACUAUUUGGUUCCACAUGAAAAGUUUUUAAUAAGUGUUGCUACCAAAGGAGUGGUCAAGUUGUUCAAUGCUGUCAACAAGGCACAGUCUGCUCAAAAAGGGUUAGACCCCUCGAGGACUAAAGAUGCAAAAGAGAUAAAAAAGCGGACCAAAGCAGCCUUCUUUUCAGAGCUAGGGAAGCCAUCGUUUACAGCAACUGGCACCUCAGCAAAGGCGAAUGCACGUACAGGCAAGGUAGAAGAUGAACAGCCUGCUUGGGCUCCGUUACAAGACAAUUAUAUGCUCACAAGUGCAAAACUAAAGAAUUGGGAUAAAAUGCCAGAUAAAAGUGUCUCAGAUGAGGUUGAAAGGGCAUCUGAAGAUAGUAGUUCAGAUGAAGAUUAAGGUUGUAGAAGAUGAUAAAGGCCCUCAUUAAGAUAUAUGUAUCAUUAUGGGGACUAAAGUUUUGAAAUUUUAAAAUUGGUAUUGGCGGAGGAAGUUCUUAUUUUGUUCAUUAUUAUAGAUCCAUCUGCCUGUGUACUAAUAUUUUUGUUUUUUAUUAUAAUGUUAUCAUGAUGUAUUUUUUUUGGAUAAUCAAGCAUGAUAAUUGAUAAGUUUUCGAGAGAUUAAUUUAAUAAUUGCCUAUUUA